CUGUUUCAACCUCCGGUUCUCGUAUUCUAAAGGUUUUAGGAGAGAGUAAUAAAAGGCAGAGUUUAAAAAGUACAUGUUUUUCCAUCUCUAGAGCACUUCAGUCGUUUCUUAUUAACGUAAUCCGAAAGUUAUUUUGUGGCAGGAAUUUGCAUUGUGAUAAGACAAGUUCUAUGUAAAGUUGCUUGGAAGAAACCGUAAAUAUUCGAGCAGGUGGAGCAUCAAUUCCGACACGUGAAAGGGGGACUUGUCUUUUGGGACACAAUUGUUGCCAGCAUUUGUAUCCUGCUGGUCUGCUUUAUUAAACACAUAGGGUCCCCACGUUUAACGCGCGUGGUUCUUUGUUUGAAGGACGUUUCCAAAUCAAAAGCCGGCUUUUUCUUCCUUUUUGAGUUAACAUUUUACCUGUCAUUGUGACGUUACCCUAAAUACUGAAAAUGUCAGCUGAAAGAUAUUCAACAUUGGAUGAACUGUCGCUUCGGAACCUGCUGGAUGGGACAAUGGAUCUGGAUAAGAGACGGCUGAUCCGUUCAGCCAUCAGAGAGCUGAGGAGGAGGGAGAUGGAGGACAUGGAGGCAGCUCUGGCCAGAAAACGCUUCCGGCCAACAAAUCUCAGCCAGAACGACAACAAAGAGAACCAACUCACACAUAGGUCAGAAUUGGGGGGCUCCCUAGACGUGCUCUCUGUGAAACUACAAGCCAUCCAGGACAUUGAGGAGCUGACUGGACUGCUGCGCGGUGCCAAUGAGUAUGAGGAGAGGAAACUGAUCAGAGCUGCCAUCCGCCGCCUCCGAGACGAGGAGCAGCAGGGUACAUGGGAGAAAGGGAGGACCACCGGCCGAUGUCUGGAGUCUGAGGGCCUGGAGCUCCAAAGCAGCCUGGGAACAGGGGACACAGAGAAGGAGAGGCUUAGCGAGCGAAAGAGAAUCAAGUCUCAGAUCCGGGAGCUACGGAGCCACCAGACGCAGCAGGGCAGAGAGCUGCACGGGACAGACUCCAACUCAGGCAUGGUUCUGGUUCUGGACCCCCUGGUGAGGGAUGAAGUCCUGGGCCCUCUGCUGACCCGCCCACCGACCCGGGACCCUGUGACAUCAUCAGAGCCGGACGUGGUCCUAUCCCACCGCCAGCGUUCUGACUCGACAUCCUCAGAACGCAGCCUGGCCUCCAGGCCCCGUCUGGACUCUGGAGCCUCAGAGAAGAGUCUGGGUCUGGGCUCAGCCUUCCGGACCAGGGUGGACUCUGGAGCAUCAGAAAAGAGCCUGGGCUCAGCCUUCCGGACCAGGGUGGACUCUGGAGCAUCAGAAAAGAGCCUGGGCUCAGCCUUCCGGACCAGGGUGGACUCUGGAGCAUCAGAAAAGAGCCUGGGCUCAGCCUUCCGGACCAGGGUGGACUCUGGAGCAUCAGAAAAGAGCCUGGGCUCAGCCUUCAGGACCAGGGUAGACUCUGGAGCAUCAGACAGAAGCCAGUGUUCCGCCCACAGAGGCAGACUGGACUCUGGGGCCUCAGAGUCCCACUUCAGACAGAGACUGGACUCUGGCACAUCAGACUCCAGUAUGGGACCGCCAGCCCCCCUGGGCUCUGAGACCUCCGACGGCGCAGGGCUCCUGUCACGGAAACGGUUGGACUCAGGGACGUCUGACCUGAGCGUGGGCGUGUUGUCUGUGGGCCGGAGCCGAGUAGAGCAGCCAGAGGUGACCAUGAGUAGCUCCUCUUCCAACACAGACUCCGAGGCUGAAAGCACCAACCACCAUCCAGACCAGCCCCAUCAGGACAGCACCACUACCAACCAUUAUCAGCCUGAUGGGGCUGUCCUGUUCAGGAAAGCCCCAGACUCCCACAGUGGCCUGCUCAAUGGCAGUGCCAAGGAAAGAGGAAACAUCCAGGAACAGAAGGUCAGAUAUACUUUACUCACUCCUCUCAGAAAAUCAAAUGAUGCAGUUCCUGAGAAGAAAGAGCCGUUUGUCUUGGCCCCGUUCGGCCGGGCUAACUCUGUGCGGGACCGUAUGCGUAAGUUCACGGAGCCCAGUCCCAGUGUCCCGGUCCUGAAGAGGGGCUCUCAGUCUCUGAGGAACGCGACAGCCCCCAGUGCCCGAGUCCUAGGCAGAGCCACCCAGCUGAGUGAGGGGCCAGCAGCAGGGACAGCCAAGCAGACAGCAGUGACCACAGUAGUAUCCAUCACCACCCCUACAGACAGACCCGGGAGACCCCAUGUAGGCUCUACAUCCUACUCUUCAUCUGCCUCCUCCUCAAAGAACCAUGUCCAAUGCCAGGGCACAGUUCAUCCAGGGGGCGUGGCCACCAAACCUCUGCAAAGCGCUGCUCAAUCCUUGAACGAUGUAGGCGGGGCAAAGCAGGCGGCUGAAAAGCUGCGGCACGCAUUGGGCGGCUCAAAGGAAGACAAGACCCUAGGGAGAGCAUCUGCACAGCGGGACAGCAAGGGAGCGGCAGACCCCGACAUGAAGACCUUCCUAACUAUCGAGAUCAAAGAUGGGCGCACCACCACCACCUCUUCAUCCUCUAGAGGCAACCUGGCCCCACACAUCUCCACCAACCCCAUAGGUCAGAGAGCAGAGUUGACCCUGGGCCUCAGAGCGACCCCCUUCAAGAUGUCCUCCUCCAGCCUUACCUACGGAUCCUCUUUCAAGAUGGCCUCAGAGCCCGUGUUGGCAGUGGAGCCCUCAGUGCAGGUGGCCUGCUGUCAGCCCCCGGCUGCUGUACCCAACGGCUCCUAUGCGCCACCUCGGGACAAAUUCGAAGAGUUCUCCAGAAAACUGACCGCAGAACAGCUGGCCGCCAUCGACGAUGAGGAGCUCCUGGAUAAAAUGCUGGAUGAGUCCAAGGACUUUGAGGAGAGGAAGAUGAUCCGACAGGCCAUGAGAGAUCUGCGUAAGAGGAAGAGAGAGGCCGAACUGGGAUGUACUCAAGAGGAAAUAGACCAGAGAGAAAAGGAGCGGGAGUUUCGUCUUGCGGAGCUUCGGCAGCAGAGAGCGGAGCAUACUCAGAAGGGUCGUACGGGAGGAGGAGCUGGAGAGGUGGUCAUGAGGAAGGUGGAGAUGUCAGCUGAUGGCUCCACCCUCAGCCAAGUAACCAAGACAGACCGCUUUGCCCAGUCUGGUGAUGGCAGCAGGACAGCUCACAGCACCAUCAUGGAGGCCAGUUAUGUGAAGAAAACAGACGUGGGGACAGUUCAGUCCAAGUCCUACAGCUGCUCCUCCUCUACCUCCAGCAGCAGCUCCACCAGGAAAGUGGGCAGUGUGUUUGACCGCGAGGACGACUCAGCGUCCCGUGCUGCGGAGCGCCGGCAGGCAGAGAAGCGCAAGGAGCUGAUGAGAGCCCAGACUCUGCCCAAGAUGUCCGCCGCACAGUCCCGCAAAGCCAUGAUCGAGAAACUGGACAAGGAGAGCGGAGGGCCAGGAAAUAAAGCCGUUGCCAAGGUGAACACAGUCCAGCGCUCGGCUAGUUGCGUGGUGCCCAAUGCCAACUCCAUCAAACAGAUGCUCCUGGACUGGUGCCGCGCCAAGACCCGCUCAUAUCAGAAUGUGGACAUCCAGAACUUCUCGUCCAGUUGGAGUGAUGGCAUGGCGUUCUGUGCCCUGGUCCAUAACUUCUUCCCAGAGGCCUUUGACUACUCCUCUCUCACCCCUGCCAACCGCAGACACAACUUUGAGGUGGCCUUCAGCACUGCAGAGAAGCUGGCUGAUUGUCCCGAGCUGUUGGACGUGGAGGACAUGGUGCGGAUGCGUGAGCCGGAUUGGAAGUGUGUGUACACGUACCUGCAGGAGUUCUACAGGGGCCUGGUGACCAAGGGCCUGGUUAAAACCAAAAACUCUUCCUAGAGUCACACCCCUAGGACCCCAAAUGCACUCAUGGGAAUGUGCCAACUGUAUGCCCCUGUUGGAGGUAGAGGACAUGAUGAUCAUGGGGAGGAAGCCUGACUCCAAGUGUGUGUUCACCUAUGUGCAGUCACUGGUCAAUCACCUGCGCAGGCACGAGAUGAAACUCGCCAAACUUCAGGGCACCAACCUCUGAUCUGCUCACUGUGUAUCUUCCCCCAUCGCACCCCUCUCCUGAGCCCUGGUCCUGAACACCACCCAUGUCCCAAAAGACAGCAGCCCUGACUCUGGGUGAGGGGUGUUACUGAUUUGCACAUCUCUGAUGGCCAACAGGAUGGGGAGUGUGUAGGUGUUGGCAUUCAUCUUAUGAUUAUCUUUGUUGAUGGUGGUGGCAUGCCAGACAGAUAAAUUCCCUUCCUCUGAACACAUUUGUUUAGGCUGUGCGAACCUUCCCGUCUUAAUAGAGCAUCUUUAAGCUUUAAUUGUUAUUUUAUACUGAUAUUUAGUUGUACAGCCUAUCAGUCACAAGGCAGUUCUAUACAUGGUUUGGAAGUCCGAAGAUUUAGCACCAACAAAACCCUACAUUAAAUGUACAUGAGAUAGGAAUUUUACUGUAUUCCCUCACCCACAUUAAUGCCUACAUUGUUUAGUUUUCUGUGACAAUUGCAAGAUGUUACUCAAGCUGUUGGCGAUGAUGAAGAAAAAAAAUAUGAUAUGAGGCAUUGUUAAUAUUCCUUCAGUCCCCACUCUGGUACUGUUAAAGGUGUUACCAAAUCUGCUAAACACAUCUAUUUGAAUUGUUUUAAAUAGUGCUUGGUAUGGAGGGAUGUUAAUUAUUAUUUGGUGGGUGCUUAUAUUUAUCCUAUUACACACACGUACAAGUAUUUAUUAAUACGCAUGUGUGAAUUUGAUUAUUUUUUGCAUAUCACAACUCUCCCUGAGACAUCCUCAAGAAAGUGGGAUCACGGCCAGGGUCUGGAGCCUUGCUCAAAGGAUCAGACAGAUUUUUCACCUUGUUGGCUCGAGGAUUUGAACUACCGACCUUUCGGUUACAAGCCCCACACUCUAACCCAGGGAUGGGCAACUCUAGUCCUCAGGGGCCGGAGUGGUGUCACUUUUUCUCCAUCCCUAUCAAACACAGCUCAUUAAACUAACUGCAUUCUAUACUGAAGAUCAUGAUUAGUUGAUUAUUGGAGUCAGGUGUGUUUGCUGAAGCAAAAGUGUGAAACCAAUCAGGCUCUCAAGGAAUGGAGUUGUCCAUCCUUACUCUAACCACUAAGCUAGCUGCUGCCCGAUGUUAUUCAGUAGCUGGCAGCAUGAAAUUGGCGGAUCCGUCUAUGCAGCACUAACGUAGCAGGUGUAAAGAAACGCAUGAGAAGGUUCUACAGAAACCAGAAGCAUCUGGUUCAGGCUUUGUCGCUUCUCUGCUUUUCCCCUGAAAACCGUAUGCUUCCAGGUUCUGCCGACCAACUGAAGGUGAUGCAAAACCGAUAUCUGAAUCUACAGACUCAGAGGUUGAAGCCAGACUAGGUUGUGAUAGUAGUUGUGAAACUAUAAUUGUGUAUUUACACCACUCAGAAUAUUUACAUAAUUUUGGUCUGUGGAGAAACACCAGUGUUGAAAAGUAGGUUCCAAGUUCCUCUCAGACAGGUAAAAUCACACAUUGGUGUUUCUAGAUUAUCACACCUUUUGUCCUUGUCGCUGUUCGCUACAUUGGGGUCUAAAAAAAAAUAUUGGCAUGGGGUUGUCACAUUCACACUGCCAGCAUCAGCCCACCCAGCAAACACAUAGAAACACACAGCUCUUUAAUUAUGCUUGGGUAACAUUUUUGUUGGUGAUCAUACCAUAUGCUUUGAAGUUUUGUUUCAUGAGUCCAUCUAUGAAAAUGUUUGUACAGGCUAUAGGUUGUUAUGGUAAUGUCAGUAUUUGUGGGCUCCCGAGUGGCGCAAGGCACUGCUUCUCAGCUCUAGAGGUGUCACUACAGACCCUGAUUCGAUUCCAGGCUGUAUCACAACCAGCCGUGAUUGGGAGUCCCAUAGGGCAGCGCACAAUUGGCCCAGCGUCGUCCGGGUUUAGCCAUCAUUAUAAAUAAGAAUUUGUUCUUAUCGGACUUGCCUGGUUAAAUAAACAUUUGAAUAUGAAAAGGUUUGUUAGAGGCCAACCAAUCAAAUGUAGUUAUAAAGCCCUUCUUACAUCAACUGAUGUACAGAAACCCAGCCUAAAACCUCAAACAAUGCAGGUGUAGAAGCACGGUGGCUAGGAAAAACUCCCUGGAAAGGACGGAACCUAGAGGAACCAGCCAACUUCCCUUCUCUAAAUUCUUGGGCCCAAUGAAAGCUGGCUUUCAGCUCAGUUGAUUAUGACAGGAGAAUAUUAAUGAUAAAGGCUGAAUGUACUUUAUUGCCCAUGUAUAUUUUCUGAAUUCUAGCUAAAUAAAAAUGUUUUAUGGUU